AAGGCAUCUUGUAGAGAGUGCGUACGUGUCUAUUCAAACACAUAACAAUUCAUAUAGCAUGUUUAACCCUUCAUUAGGGAGGUAGAAAUAUUCACUUUUACACUAUACUUAUUAUAAGGAAAUUGAUCAUAUAAAAAGUAAUAUGUACCAAGACAGAAGAGGUAACCCUUCAAUCCCCUCUUAGAAUCAUGAUUAUUAUAUGACAUGAUUCUUGAGUGAGGCUCCUUUCUUGUUCCUCCAGUUCUUGAGAUAUUGGACAUAAUCGUCGGGUCCCUUACUAUCAGAGGAGGUGACAGGACUGGUGGUUAUAUCAUAGUACAUCAGGGCCUUAUCAAUGCCUUUGGAGGCGUAACACCGUAGAACAUAAAAGAAGAUGGACAAGAAUAAAAAUUUGAAAACAGAAAGUAUACUAAAUAUCACCCUGGAGAUAAUCUACCUGCUUACUGGGGAGGAUUACACAGUAGUGAGGAAGACAUCCAGUGAGUGUGAGACAUCCAGCAUACAUCCCAAUGUGUCGGGAGGACUGAGCACGAGCCAGAGCCCCAUCCUGGUGCCUCCACCUCUCUCACUGACACAUGAGGGGCACAGUGACCAGAAGAUCCUGGAACUCACCAACAAGAUCAUUCAGCUGCUGACUGGAGAGGAGGGGGAGUAUAUAGAGGAACACAGGGGUCUGUACAAGGACGUCAUGAUGGAGAAUCACCGGCCCCUCACAUCACUGGAUGGGCCCAGUAACAGAGAUACCCCAGAGAGAUGUCCCCGUCCUCUGUAUUCCCAGGACUGUACAGAGGAGAAUCACAGGACCCCACAGGAGGAUCAGAGUGAAGAACUAACUGAUAUAAAAACAGAAGAUAUAAAGAAAGAAGCCAAGAUGCUUGUGACUUAUAAUAAGGCAGAAGAUACAGAGGGAGAAGAAGAGACAUCUAUAAGGAGUGUUCAGUGUAAGGUGGAGGAAAUUCCUACAGAUAUCAGCAAAGAUGGAUGCAAUACAAGGAAUACCUCUGAGGGACAUCUUGUUUGGUCUCCAGAUUGUAAAUUAGAAGAUAAGAACAUCACACGAGGAUCUCCAGAAGAAAACUGCAUUAAACUAAAUAUACAUCCAGCACUUCACAGUGCAGAUAUAUCAUCUGAUCCAUCUAUUAUUGAGGAAUGUUCUCCUGGUAACUCACAUACUACUGCACCUAGUACAGGUCAUUGCGGUGAUACAAUAAUUUCCUCUUCUAAAAUUGGGAAAUGUUUUACACAUAAACAAGCUCUUGUUAAACAUAAGAGCAGUCACGUAAGUAAGAAGCCUUUUCCAUGUUCUGAGUGUGGGAAAUGUUUUACACAGAAAUCAGAUCUUCGCAGACACCUGAUGCGUCACAUGGGUGAGAAACCAUUUCCAUGUUCUGAGUGUGAGAAAUCUUUUAUAGAUAGAUCACGUCUUGUUAUACAUGAGAGAAUUCACACAGGUGAGAAACCAUUUCCAUGCUCUGAAUGUGGGAAAUGUUUUCCAUGUAAAAGAUAUCUUACUAUACAUGAAAGAAGUCACACAGGUGAGAAACAAUUUCCAUGCUCUGAAUGUGGGAAAUGUUUUACAAGUAAAAAAGAUCUUACUACACAUGAAAGAAGUCACACAGGUGAGAGGCCAUUUCCAUGCUCUGAGUGUGGAAAAUGUUUUACUCAGAAAUCACAUCUUGUUGUACAUCAGAGAAUUCACACAGGUGAGAAACCUUUUCUAUGUUCUGAGUGUGGGAAAUGUUUUACAAACAAAUCAAAUCUUAUUAAGCAUAACCUAAGUCACACAGGUGAGAAGCCAUUUCCAUGUUCUGAGUGUGGAAAGUAUUUCAUUAAAAAAUCAAAACUUGUUGCACAUGAGAGAAGUCACACAGGUGAGAAGCCGUUUAGAUGCUCUGAGUGUGGGAAACGUUUUACACAGAAAGCACGUCUUGUUGUACAUCAGAGAAGUCACACAGGUGAGAAACCAUUUCCAUGCUCUGAGUGUGGGAAAUCUUUUCUAGAGAAAUCAAAUCUUGUAACACAUCAGAGAUGUCACACAGGUGAGAAACCAUUUCCAUGCUCUGAGUGUGGGAAAUCUUUUGUGCAGAAAUCAUUGCUUGUUAUACAUGAGAGAAGCCACACAGGUGAGAAACCAUUUAGUUGCUCUGAGUGUGGGAAAUGUUUUAAAGCUCAGUCUUCUCUUUUUGCACACAAAAAAGUUCACACAGAUGAGAAGCCAUUUCCAUGCUCAGAGUGUGGGAAAUGUUUGAAAACGAAAUAUUCUCUUUUUACACACAUGAAAAUACACACAGGUGAGAAGUAUCACUGACCUGAAUUGAGAGUGUUGUGAACUCUGAGGUUCUUCCGAUGGUCGGGAAGAGGAAGCACAGCUGGGCCGGAGUAGAGAUAGCCGGAUAUAGGUUUUCCUCAUGCAGAAAUUUAACAGUUAUAAUUGAUGUCAAAUGCAAAGAACUUUAUGAUGAGAAGGGUCGGGCACGAUGCUGAGGCACAUAGAAGAAUGGGAACUUGUGAGCGAUGUUUAAAGACACUGAUGAACUCGUGAGCGAUGUUUGAAGAUACUGAUGAAAUGAUGAACUCGUGAGCGAUGUUUAAAGACACUGAUGAACUCGUGAGCGAUGUUUAAAGACACUGAAGAAAUUAAGAACUUGUGAGCGAUGUUUAAAGACAGUGAUGAACUCGUGAGGGAUGUUUAAAGACACUGAAGAAAUGAAGAACUUGUGAGCGAUGUUUAAAGACACUGAUGAAUUUGUGAGCGAUGUUUAAAGACACUGAAGAAAUGAAGAACUUGUGAGCGAUGUUUAAAGACACUGAUGAACUUGUGAGCGAUGUUUAAAGACACUGAUGAACUUGUGAGCGAUGUUUAAAGACACUGAAGAAUUGAAGAACUUGUGAGCGAUGUUUUAAGACUCUGAUGAACUCGUGAGCGAUGUUUAAAGACACUGAAGAAAUGAAGACCUUGGGAGCGAUGUUUAAAGACACUGAAGAAAUGAAGACCUUGGGAGCGAUGUUUAAAGACGCUGAAGAAAUGAAGAACUUGUGAGCGAUGUUUAAAGACACUGAUGAACUCGUGAGCGAUGUUUAAAGACACUGAUGAACUCGUGAGCGAUGUUUGAAGAUACUGAAGAAAUUAAGACCUUGGGAGCGAUGUUUAAAGGCACUGAAGAAAUGAAGAACUUGUGAGCGAUGUUUAAAGACACUGAUGAAAUGAAGACCUUGGGAGCGAUGUUUAAAGACACUGAUGAACUCGUGAGCGAUGUUUGAAGAUACUGAAGAAAUGAAGAACUUGUGAGCGAUGUUUGAAGACACUGAAGAAAUUAAGAACUUGUGAGCGAUGUUUGAAGACACUGAAGAAAUGAAGAACUUGUGAGCGAUGUUUGAAGAUACUGAAGAAAUGAAGACCUUGGGAGCGAUGUUUAAAGACACUGAAGAAAUGAAGACCUUGGGAGCGAUGUUUAAAGACACUGAAGAAAUGAAGACCUUGUGAGCGAUGUUUAAAGACGCUGAAGAAAUGAAGAACUUGUGAGCGAUGUUUAAAGACACUGAAGAAAUGAAUUUGCAGGCAGACACCUAGAAUGCAGGGAGCGCUAGAGUAUAGCCGCUGGUAAGCACACUGCUGUCAGGAGCACUGGUGUUUGCCACAGUGGAGAGACGAUACUCAGGCGCCGGACACAGACGAGCGUCCGCUUUUGUAGUUCCCGCUUUGCCCUGAUUGGCGGAGAGGGGAGCAAGUGAAGUCACCCGCUCACAACACCUAUGAGGGCGCCAGGCGCAAUGGCGGCGCCCACGCUCCGGAGGAUCGCCGGCCAAACGCCGGGGCCCGGUAACCCACCGGAGGCCGGAGCCACCAGGAGAGCCAGCGAACACGCAGGGGUAAAUGCGGCGGCGGCCGCCAUCCCCGAUGUGUAACAAGAAGUAGCCAUUCAUGUUCUCUGAUUGUGGGAAAUGGUUUACACAGAAAUCAGCUUGUGUUACACAUGAGAGAAGUCACACAGGUGAGAAGCCAUUUCCAUGAUCUGUGUGUGUGGAAAUGUUUUACAUAGACAUCAGAGUCGUCACACAGGAGAGAAGAUAUUUCUGUUUUCUGAGUAGGUAUAAAUAUAGGGGGUGGGAUAUAAUGGAGUCCAGGAUUGCCGGAUGUGCGGUAUGCCUGGCUUAUUCCUGAUGCUUUUUAAAGGGGUAAUCAUUUACAAGGCAUGAUUUUGCAUUGAAAGUUAUUGCUGCUUUAUAAAAAGUCAGAGAUCGGUCAGUAUUCCGCACAUCAGGCAAUCUCGGACUCCAUUACAGCCUGCCAUGGAAGUCCGGAAUAAAAUGGUCACAGCUGAGUGUCCUCGAGUCUGUAGACAUUAGACAGGGCUACAUUAAUAUUUUAUAUAAGAAAUCUGUGGUAACGAUAAAUCUGUAAUAAACUCCCAAUAGGAAUAAACUCAUUUGCAUAUUAGUAUAAGGGCAGGCAGCCAUCUUGGGUAUGUGCAGUUGCUAUUACAGGUAAUCAGUCAUAUCGAUCCAUGUCCCUUUGGAGCUUACAAUCUAAAUUCCAUAUCACACACCGGAUUCCAAUUUUUCUCAGAUUCCUCUUAAUCUACCAGUCUGGUGUUGAAUUUAGUGGUAUGAAACCAGAGUAUCCAUUGGCAACCCAUGCACACAUGGCAAGAACGUACAAACUCCACACUAAUAGGGCCUUGGUGGGAAUCCUACCUGAGCAAUUCUAAUCACUAUGCCGCCAUACAUAGUAAGAGUAGUCUAUAUAAGUGAUGGGAAAGUAUAACCAAAUGUGCAGAGUGUAUUUAAAAACAAAACAAAAAAACAAUAUGUUUUUAUUGAGUUUUUGAUGAGCAAUAACAUUUACCGCACAAUAAACAACAAGCUGAACAAUUUGUGUGGCCUCUUUCACUUUAGCAAUUUGUUAUACAAGCAGCGUAUGACGUGGUUGUAGACUGUCAGCGUCCGGGGUCUUACCGGAACGCUGGGGCCGCGGGGCGGGCUUCACAGGCGGCCGGGCAGCGGCGGUGGAGGGCUGCGGCGCUGGGUUCAAGGGUACAGGCAGCGGUAAUGGCGUUGAGGGUGUCCGCUCGUUGCGUUGGGACGCCGCUGCAGCAGCUCGCUUUCGCUAAGCCGUUGCCUAGGAGACAUGGGGCAGUGAGCACAACUGUGACUUGCACAACUGUGGAACGCAGGUGGACCGCAAACCGGAAGCCGGAAGCACCGUAACCGGAAGUCGCGAACCGCGGCAUCGUAGCGUCCCCUGCUACCCAGGAUCUCCACAUACGGCUCUCUGUCUCCGCUCCUGACGUAGCCGAGCACAAGCCUGCAGGACACUGUGCCAUAUACAUCAGGCACGGCCCCAAGAGAAACCGCCGCAGUGCGGCCAGUCAUACGGAGGGAGACAGCUGCGGGACUGGCAUACCACCAAUUCAGCCACACCAAUUGGUGAAGUAUAAACAGGCGUUGUUUAUUCUCAGCCUUUUUCUUCUUUUAUCCCGCAAAGUGCAUUUGAGCCAGUAACAGCACUCAAUUCCUACUUAUUAUUAACAGCUACAUGCAUGCAUG